AAUUGUUAAUUUCAUUUUGUAGAUAGUUGACGUACAUCCGCCAUAUGUACAUGAGCAUUCAUCAUAAUGGACUACAGUACAGCAUGUAGUUGCCGCUUCAGCAUUUGACGAUAAAGAAGGCUGCUGGUGAUGACGUCGGAUAAAUAAUUUGGGCGGGGGAGUGGGGGGGGGGUUCUGUUGCUGGCUGCAGCGGUCCCCGGAGCGCCUCUUCAUCCUCCUCCAAACGAUGACAUCUGGAGCGACGGAAGCGAGCCGCUUUUAACCCUUUCGAGCUCCCCUCCCGCUCCCGCUGUUCGAAUCCCAGCGAUUCCGCCGAUUAUCUUGCCGUUCUCAUCACGCCAGUCCAUCCGCAAUGCUUCCCUGCUCGUCGUCCUCGCCGAUGGAAGGAUGCGAAGAGGAGGGGAAGGAGAAGGACGCGCACAUGCACACGGAGUGCAGCAGACUGACGGAGCAGAGGGACGAGGCUGAGAGACAACUCAAGCACAUCAAGAGGGUGUCUCAGAUGGUGAUCGAGGAGGUGAGCGUUCUGCAGACUCAGCUGGAGAUCGAGAAGUCGUGCCGGGAGAACGCCGAGGCGCUCGCCACCAAGCUGAACAGCGAGAACAGGAAGUUGAAGUACCUCAGCCUGUCAUCGCGGCCGCCGUGCCUGGAUGAGAUGCUUCCCAGCAUCUCCGACUGCAUCGCCAUGGAGACGGACGACGGCGAGACAGCCGAAGACAAUAUGUCGCCCGACGCUUUUGCGGACUACCAGCAGCAGGUCAAAGAGCUGCGGGAGGCGAUGAGCAAGUUGUUGGAGGAGAAGAAGAACUUCCUGUGUCAAAUCGACGAGCAGCAGAGAAGAAUCGAGGAGCUGCGCGAGAAGUCCGAACGAGACGAGCGAGAAACCAAGCAGCUCCGCGAUACCGUCGAGCAACACAGCAAAACCAUCAAGCGCUUCAACAGAGUUUCCAUGAUGGCGACGCAGGAGUACGACGGCAUGAGAGAGCAGCUGGACUUGGAGCAGAGCCUUCGCGUCAAGGCCGAGACGUACGCACAUGAGAUGCUGGUGAAGCAGAAGGAGGCCAACCGUCAGAGCGCGCUCCUGCUGCAGAGCGCCGAGCCGACGCUGCAGCUGCUCAGCGCCUUGGAGGAGGUCGCCGUCCUCACCAAGACGCUGGAGGACGAGCGGUUGCAGCACCAGCGACAAGUGCGUGAGUUGAAAACCGAGCUGGACGACAGCAUUGCGAAGAAGAAUCUCGAGAGUCUGCAGAGGCAAGUGGAGCUACUGGAGGAGGAAAAGAAAGAUGCUGAGGGACGGCUGGAGGAUGCGGAGAAGACCAUCCAGCAGCUCCACACACAAAUUCAGCUGCUCCAGAGGGUCGCCAUCACGACCGACAAUCCUCCCUCUCCACCGCCCCCUCCCCUUCCUGCUCCCCUGACUCCCAGUGUUGCCCCGCCCCCAGCGCCGCUACCACAGCCGCCGCCUCCACCUCCUCCCCCUCCUCCGCCUCCCCCUCCUCCGCCUCCCCCGUCCAGAUGCAACCCCCUCAGUUCUCUAAUCGCCAUCAUGAGGAAGACUUCCAAAGGCUCCAAAACCUCUUUGAAGGUGGAGCAGCCUGCAGCCUCUGAUGACGCCGUGAAGGUGAAGGCCGUCAACGAGAUGAUGGAGCGUAUCAAACAUGGCGUGGUGCUGCGGCCCGUCAAGAGUCAGGACAGCAAGAGAGUUGCCGUCAGACAACCUCCAGCUAGCGAGGAGAAUUCUCAGGAGAGCGCCAUGGACGAACUCAAAGGCAUCCUGACGGUGAAGCGCAGUCCCAGUCGAGGCUCCCAGGAGGCGCCAUCGCCAACGGGGAAGAAAGACAGCGAGCUGGAAGUUAUCCUGAGAAGACGACGCAACAAGGCAGGCGAGGCCGGCUCCGGAGAUGAGCGCGAAGGCCCUCUGAGUCACGUGUCGUCCUGCGACAGCCUGAACGGUAGACGUGCCAGCACCGACUCGGGGAAAGAUCCGGACGGUCCCGUCACGCCGUCCAACUCCACGGUGGCUCCACGGGCAGUCGGGGAGAGGCGAGGAUCCGGGCCGGGACCUCUGGUGGCGAGGAGGAGGAGCGCGGAUAAAUCGGGAUCCCGGCAAGAAAGACGAUCCGGCUGCUCCGUGUCGGAAAAAGACACGGCCGAUUCUCCUGUCGGGAACGGCUACGAGCACAGUGUCACGGCGGAUACCGCCACCGCAAAGACGCCCAUCCAGUCCAACGGCGUCGACGACGACGACAAGGAGCCCCGUGCGGCCGUCUUUGUCGUGGGCGAGAUGAACGGCGGCAACGGUGAGGGUGACAGCCAGGCUCCUCUCUGAGGAUCUUAGCCUAAUAUGCACGCUUAAAUCACAAACAAUGCACAGAUGCCUGACCCUGUCGUUUUUUUUUUUUUUUAUUACAGCAAACACAUGAGGGUUUUUUCAGGUUUAUGCUAGCAGGCUCAUGUGCUAAAUUGCUAACAACCGUAGCCUGUUAAGCCACAUGACUGACAUUUUUGAAAUGCAGACGGAAUUAACACCUUAUUAACUUAAAAAAAUGAGCAAUGAACAGACGCUGUAAAUUUUUUCAAUGAACUUUUGUUCAGGUUUAUGUAAGCAAGUUACAAAGCUAACAUACAAAUGACCGUAGCCUAUUAAUUCACCUGGGCGGGGAUGCGCGUAUCACCAUCUUUGUUGUGGUUGAGGUGAACGGGAGCGAAGCUGAGAGUGGCUGCCAGGGGGCGCUCACAGGCUGUUUUCCUAAAUAUGCACGCUAAAAUCACAAACAAUGCACAGACGCUCACGCUGCACAUUUUUUUACAACAAAUACCUGAGGUUUUGUUCAGGUUUGUGCUAACAUGCUAAAAGCUAACAAUCGUAGCCCGUUAGGUCACAUCACUGACAUUUCUGAAUCCAGACCAAAUUUAACACUUGCUAGCGCAUGAAAUAAGUAAAUUUUUUUAAUAAUAAAAAAAAAGAUAUUGCAUUUUGUUCAGGUUCAGGCUAACAAGCUAAUGAUGAUUAGCCACGUUAUUUACACUGAAACAUGAAUUAUAAAUAUAAAACAAACAAUUCACAUACACUGGCUGUAUUUUUUUUUUCAGCACAGGACAGGAAGGUUUUGUUUUGGUUCAUGCUAACAUGCUAACGAUCUAACAUUGACAGUCCGUUAGUUCAUAUGACUGAUUAUGAAUUUGACACGCAGACACACUUUACCAACUAUCCACAGGUGAGGUUUUACGUUUUUUUUUUUUUUCAUUUAUUUAACAACAAACAUGAAGUUUUUUUUUCAGGUUCAUGUUAACAAACUACAGCCUGUUAGGUCAUUCACUCGUAAUAAAGAUAACAGUCCCAAAUUAUAUCUGUAUAAUUAUGGUGUCGCCCCGCUGCUCCUUGAAGUAAUGCUAGCUUUAAAAAAAGGGCCUUUAAAAAGUAUUUUUGGGCAUCUUAUCAUCUUUCUUUCUUUAUUGGUGCCUUUCAUAGAUUUUUUUUAAAAUAAAUGACAAGUAGAUGAGUGACACACAGUCCUUUGUCUGACUUGGUGUUCAUCUAUGUAAAAAAAAAAAUACAGUCAAAGUUUGGAGAUUAUGAAACAAUAAAAAGGGGGAUGGAUUACACUUUUUGGUAUAACACCCUAAUCCAUUGAAGUUGAGAUAUUGAGUACAACACAAAUAAACACAGAAUACAGAGAUUUGUAAAUCCUCCUCAACAUACAUUUAAUACGUCCAUCCAUUUUCUUAGCCGCUUAUCCUCACGAGGGUCGUGGGGAGUGCUGGAGCCUAUCUCAGCUGUCAUCUCGGCAGGAGGCAGGGUACACCCAGGACUGGUUGCCAGCCAAUUGCAGGUCACAUCGAGACAAACAGCUGCACUCACAAUCACACCUAGGGGCAAUUUAGAGUCUCCAAUUAAUGUGGCAUGUUUUUGGGAUGUGGGGAAAAACCGGAGUGCCCGGAGGAAACCCACGCCGGCACGGGGAGAACAUGCAAACUCCACACAGGCGGGUCCGGGAUCGAACCCGGGACCUCAGAACCGUGAGGCCGACGCUUUACCAACUGAUCCACCGUGCCGCCCACAUUUUAUACACUCCAAAGAUAUUCGUGCAAAUAUUCAAUACGUUCCAAAAAACAGUUUUUAUAUAUACCUCUCACUCUAAAUUGCCCCUAGGUGUGAUUGUGAGUGCAACCGUUUGUCUCGAUGUGGCCUGCGGUUGGCUGGCAACCAGUUCAGGGUGUACCCCGUCUCCUGCCCGUUGACAGCCGGGAUAGGCUCCAGCACUCCCCGCGACCCUUGUGAGGAUAAGAGCCUAAGAAAAGGGAUGGAUAUAUACCUCUUUUGUUACAUCACCUUCACAUUUAACAACACUCAAUGAGCAUUAGGGAACUAAAAGACGCAAAUUGUUGAAGUUUUGAUGGUGGAAUUGUUUCUGCUCUUUAUUUUUUUUGCGUUUUACACAAUUUCUAAAACUCAUUGCUACAGGUGUUUGUAUGAUCCCUUAUGGUAUGAUGUUUCAUUAUACUACUUCCUGAAAAAGCAAAAGAAAGAAGCAAAAAUUGCACAAUGUGCAUUCGAUACCAUAUGCUCACUGCCCACUUUAUUAGGUACACCUUCAAGAAACGUUUCAUAUCCAUCCUGUCGUCAAAUCCCCGUCUAACAUAGAAGUAGUGCUUUGUCGCCAUUUUGUGGCAUUUGUUGGCAAUUACAUUUUUUAGGGAUGCUGUGAAUUACUCACGGACACCCAAUUCGAUACCCUAACAUUUGCUUCAAACCUAAAACUAAGGCUUCUAACCCUACCUUGAAACCCUUCCUGUUGUGAUAAAACUCUAAACCCAGGCUCGAACCCCAAUCUGGACCCCCAACCCUUAUUUGAAACCCCACACCCGGACUUUACACCCUAACUCGAACCAAUAACCACUGUUUGAAGCCCUAACACUUGUGUGGAACACUAAUUUGGCGACCUAACCCCAAAGAAGUGACACCGUCAUACACGACAACAUGCCGGGAGCUCAACAGUCCCUCACAUAUUUAUUUUUUUUUUUUAAUUUGAUCUAACUUGAUGUCAUACACUAAAAUACAUUUGUGAUGGUUAAGGUGAUUUUAUUGUCCUGCAAAGUUUUAGAGACGACGGCAGCCUCUUAUGCAUACAUACCGAGGCCUCGUGCAAUUUCAUUUUUAACAUUAACAUGAUGUUGUAUGUGUGUGUGCGUGUGUUUGGGAUAUAUACAUCAAUAUACGGGGUGAUUGUUUUUUUUUUUUUUCUUAAGUAUGAAUUUUCAUGUAUCAAUCACUUGAAAUAAAUUACAACGCAAACUACAA